CUUCAGAUUUUAGUUUUCCCUCAUCCCUUUUCUUACAUUCUUCUACUUUCUUUGCAUACGAAAGUUAGAAGAGAUGAGUCUCCCCGGUAGGCUGGUCAAACAAAUCGAGAUAAAGUCCGAUGGAGAUGUGUUUCAUGAACUCUUUAGUUCCAGACCACAUCAUAUACCAGCCAUUAGCCCUACUCAUGUUCAAGGCUGUGAUCUGCAGAAGGGUAAUUGGGGAACGGUAGGAUCGGUCCUCUUCUGGAAUUAUACUCGUGAUGGAAAUCAGGAAGUGAUAAAAGUGAUAAUUGAGGCCAUAGAUGAGGAAAAGAAAUCAGUCACAUUCAAGACGACUGAAGGAGAUCUGAAGCAGUUAUACAAGAAGUUACUCGUAACUCUUCAUGUUGAUACCAAAGGUCAAAGCAACCUGGUUACAUGGACCUUGGAUUAUGAGAAAGUAAAUGAGAGUGUCCCUGAUCCAAAUUCUGUGAUGGAGUUAGCCCAAAAAGUCACAAAGGAUAUUGAGGCUCACCAUCUCAAAUGAAGGGGGUAUUAAAUGCCAUCAUAUAUGGCAUGAAAAUGUGUUUGGGAGUUCCAAGCACUAAAAAUAUUAGUGUGUCGAAUAAGUGAAAUUAAGCUGAUGAAGACUAUUGUAUCAAGUGAAAAAUUGAAAUUACUAUUGUGCUUGCUCCUAUGAAUAGUAAUAAUAUGGUGUGUUCUACUAUGAUCUAAUAAUU